AUGGUGACUCUAGGCCUGUCCAGGGUAGACGAUUCUGUCGCCGCCAAGCACCCGGGACUCAGGGAGUAUGCUGCGUGCCAGUCGAACGCCUUCCUGAAGGGCAUUCUCACCUUUGUCACAGGGACCGGCGCAGCCUUCGGCCUGCAGAUGCUUGUCCACAGAAAGUGCCCCUACCCGCUGCAGUGGACCCUGCUGGUGGCGGUGGUCACGGGCUCACUGGCCAGCUAUGGAGUGACACGAGUAGAAACCCAGAAAUGCAGCAAUCUCUGGCUCUUUCUGGAGACAGGGCAACUCCCUCCAGAUUCAGGCACAGGACUCCUAGUGGCACCCCUUCUGGCCCCUGCAUCCCUGCCAGAGUGGACUCCUGAUGCUGAGGCGGCCAAUAAAAGCUGCUCCAUUUUCCCACCUGAGUUCUGA